GUAUAAAUCAUAAUACGUAGUCAAACAAGCGUGAUGAAUAGUAUAAAACUCCAAUUAUUACAAUAUUAUUGGAAUAGAGGAAGUAAAAUCCCGAAUUUCCCCCCUUAAAAUUUCUCUCUAUUUUUAUUAAAUCAUUCCCAUACUUUUGACUACUUCCUUAAAACCUUUUUUCAACUCCAAAAAUAACAGACCUCAAAAACACACUCUCCCACUCCACUCUCUCUCUCUCUCCAGACCCCACAACCAUGACGUCACUUUCCGACAACAAAUUCCCCCAAUUCGACGCAGUUUCUGAUCUUUCCGACCACCAUUUCGCCGGAAAACACCCUAGAACACCCUCAAUGCCAACAACAGCCCAGAAAAAGAUAAUGCAAGAAUGGAAGCUUUUUAAAAAGGACUUACCCGAAACCAUUUUUGUUCGGGCCUAUGAAACCCGGAUGGACCUUCUUCGGGCCGCAAUUGUCGGUGCUCGUGGAACUCCUUAUCAUGAUGGGUUGUUCUUCUUUGAUAUUGCUUUUCCGGCGGAUUAUCCGGCGAAACCACCUUUGGUUCAUUAUCAGUCAUUCGGGUAUCGGAUCAACCCGAAUUUGUAUAAUAAUGGCCGGGUUUGUCUUAGUUUGUUGAAUACUUGGUCAGGUAAAAUGUGUGAGAAAUGGGAUCCUAAUAAAUCUACUAUUCUUCAGCUACUCUUGUCAAUCCAAGCAUUAGUCCUCAAUGAAAGGCCAUACUUCAACGAGCCAGGUAAUGCGGGAUGGGCUGGGCGAACUUACGGGGAGAAGAAAUCUUUGGCAUACAGCGAAGAAGUGUUUGUUCUAAGCUGCAAAACAAUGCUUUGUGUGCUUCGAAGGCCUCCAAAGAACUUUGAGCAACUGGUUACUGAACACUUCAAGGAUAGCGCUGAGUUUAUACUGAAUUCUUGUGAUGCAUACAGGAAAGGGUUAGCAGGAGUUGGGUUAUUCAAUGGGGUUCUGAAGGGAACUAAAGCGGAAAUUUCAGUCAAGUUUAAGGGGGCAGUGAAUCAGGUUUAUGGGGAGUUGAUGGUGGCAUUAUCGAAAACUGGUGCUUCUGUAGACCUGUUUGUCCAACAGUUUAAGGAAGAGGAAGAACAGAAGGCGAAAGAGAAAGAACUGAAGGCGAAAGACAAAGCUGCUGCUGCCAAGAACAAAGUAGGUGGAUUUGGGAAAAGUGUUGUUCAGAAGUUGAAGAAGAUUAUGUCUCUGGGAUCAAUAUUGAAGAAGAAGAGUCAGAAAUCGAAGACAAUUCCUGUCUAAGCUGUUUUCGGGCUGCUUGAACAUGAUCUUUAACUAUGUGCAGAUUAUAGAAAAAGAAGAAAGUAGUAGAAAAUUUCUGAUAUGGUACAUACAUAGUAAGUAGGAAUUAAGAUUUGCUUAGUAUAUAUUACUAGGAUGAGUAGUAUUGAUGGUAUUCAAAAGACAUUGACUUGGUUAAGUCAUGGUGGAAUUCCAGAAGAUGGUAGACAAAGGAAGAUUCGGUUUGAACAUUGAAAACUUAGUUUGCGUUCAAGUUUGGAGAAGUGAGCAGUUUAUCAAAUCAUCAGAAUUGUUGUUGCAUGAUUCGAAGGCGAUUCUAAUAAGUGUAAUAACACAUUGUGAUGAUUACAAUUUUCAAUGACACGAUUUACACUAGAAUGCAAUGUGAAUUGGUGAAGUGUUGAGUAUAGUACCGUAUUCCCUCCGUUCCUUAUUUAUAUGUCUACUUUUCUUUUUGGGGGUUUUAAAAUUACAUGCCUAUGCCUAUUUUAAGAAUGUACUUUUUGACAAUAUUUCCUAUUUUUUGGUACUUUUGACAUCAUUUACAACACUUUAUCUCUCCAUCUUUUCAAUAAUUACCAAUUAUCUUUUCUUUCUCUCUAUCUCUCUCUAAUUCCGCAUACAUAUUUGUACUUCCCGAUCAUGGCUAUUAAGUUCCUUAAUUCUUGC